UUUUACUUUGCACACUCAGGGCUAUUUCCUCCUCACAGCCGGCAGGACCCCCCCAGGCUGCAGCCUCCCGUCUCUUCUACUCAGGAACGACCCGGCGGCUGCGUGAGUGGGAGCCUCUAACAGACUUUACCCCUUUGUCUCCUUUUCCUCCCCCCAGCAGUUGACCCCGCCCAGGAGCCCCCCAAGACGGAGAGCGACUAGCUGACCAUGUUUAACGGGGAGGCCAGCUCCUCCUCGGCUAAAAAUGUGGUCCGCAGCUCCAGCAUCAGCGGCGAGAUGUACAACAUCGAGAAGAGCAGCGGGGGCAACCCGGACUCAGCCAGCAUCACCUCCAACAAGAAGAGGCGCUCGAGCCUCGGGGCCAAGAUGGUGGCUAUCGUGGGGCUGUCCCAGUGGAGCAAGAGCACCUUGCAACUCAACCAGCCUGGCGGCCCGAAGAAGCUGCGCAGUAACAUCCGGCGGAGCACGGAAACCGGCAUCGCCGUGGAGAUGAGGAACAGGGUCACCCGGCAGGGCAGCCGGGAAUCCACCGACGGCAGCACCAACAGCAACAGCUCCGAUGGCACAUUCAUUUUCCCCAUGACCCGCCUGGGAGCCGAGAGCCAGUUCAGCGACUUUCUAGACGGGCUGGGGCCGGCGCAGAUAGUUGGCCGGCAGACACUGGCGACGCCGCCGAUGGGCGAUGUCCACAUUGGGAUGGUUGAAAGGAGUGGGCAGCUGGAGGUGGAGGUGAUCCAGGCCAGGGGCCUCACCCCGAAGCUGGGGUCCAAGUCCAUCCCUGCAACUUAUGUUAAAGUUUAUCUGCUGGAGAAUGGGACCUGCCUGGCCAAGAAGAAGACCAAGAUGGCCAAGAAGACCUGGGACCCAUUCUACCAACAGGCACUGCUCUUUGACGAGGGCCCGCAGGGCAGAGUCUUGCAGGUGAUCGUCUGGGGCGAUUAUGGCCGCAUGGAUCACAAGUGCUUCAUGGGUAUGGCCCAGAUCGUCUUGGAAGAACUGGAUCUGUCCAACAUGGUCACAGGCUGGUACAAACUCUUCCCCACUUCCUCGCUGGCGGACUCCACCAUCGGCCCACUGACGCGUCGCCUCUCCCAGUCCUCUCUAGAGAGCUCCACGAGUCCUUCUUGCCCCUAAGGGGCAGG